UUAAUGCUUGUUAGGAAGAUGAAAAGAGUUUCAAUUCUGAUUGAUUUAUCUAGAAACAUGAAAGGUCAUCAGAUCAAAGGCUGAGAUUUAGGGUGUGGUUGGCAGAUGGGAUUAGCAUUAAUUAUGGAUUAGGGAGGGAAAAUAAGGAGUGAUUAGGGCAACACUGCCAGCACAUCAAGUCUGGCUUUUAUAGUAAAGGAUACACAAACCCUAAUUCUCAACCUCACAUUCGUUGCAGAAAUGGCAUGUCCUAACGGAGGAGAAUGGAUACAAGUAUUCAAGGAAGGAAUUGGUUUGGUUUUGGGGCGUUGGUCUGCACUCCAACACGCCAUUGAACAAGGAUGGUGCAAGGGUAACUCUCGCCUAGAAGCUCAAAACCUCGCUUCCAACAUUCUUUCUUGGUUCACUCAUUCCAAAAAUCUUGAUGUUUAUGAUCUUGAAACGUUACUUGAUAAAGCCAUGGAUUUUUUCAAACUUGUGCAUCAAGAGGGUAGCGUUGAAGAGGUAGCUAAACUACUAAUGAAAAUGUACGAAGAAUGCUUAGUUGGUAAUUUUAUGUCGGUCGAGCGUCUCAGGGAAGCUAGUCGUAAUCAAGUUGCUCAUCCUCCCGUGGGAAAGGUUGUGAAUGCUGAUGGAGACGAUGAUGAUAGUGAUUCUGACGACGAAGAUAGUGGUUCUGGCAACAAAGAUAAUAAUUCUGGAUGUGGACAAUUCAAAAUCCGAAUCCAACAUGAAUUCCACGAACAAGCCGGUUAAUGGAUCUCAGCCAGAGGUUGCUGAUAAAGCAGAUGAUGGAUGGUUUGUGGUUUCACACAAAAAAAAUAAGGGUAGAAAGAAGUAGAUGAAAAUUAUUAUUUUUAAGGAUCUGUUUUUUUUUUGUGCUCUUUUAGCUAUUUCAAACCUUUUUGAGGUCUGUUACUAUGUUUUAUGCAUACUUUUUCUUUACUUAUUUAGAAGAAUCCAUCCAUUCUCUGACGUCUAUUCCAAUGAAAAAACAAUCAAAUGAUUUAUUGAAAUGCUACUUCACCUUUUCCCCUAUACUUUAUAUAGUUUGUUUGUACUUUUUGUAUCAUGGAGAUUGUGCCAGAUUUUUUAGCUGAAU